AUGCAAACAACAUCAUCCAUAUCCAACGAGCUUCAAAAACGAGGUCUCCCUGCUUUGCUACCACUUGGAUCAUCGCCAUACCCAGCUCUAGCAAGCUCUGCUAUCUGUGCGAUAUCGACAUUACGAGUUUUACGAGGUGCAUCAGGGUAUCCGAAUCUACUAGCUUCAGCUGGUUUUACCUUUCUCUUUGGCGGAUGUGGAUAUGUAUUGACUCAGGAUGUAAAUAAUGGACAGUCAACUGCUGUAGCGUGGGGUAUAUGCUAUGAAUCCUUGUUUCUAAGGCAAGCGCUUACAAGCAGGAAGCCAGGCCCAAUAGCCGGAGCUGUGUUUGUUGGAGUGUCUAGUCUGAUGUACUUGUCAGAGGUGCUUACUCGGGUGGCUGAUUGA